AUGACAAUGACAUGGUUAGGAGCCGGUGGAUGUACUGGGAGAGUGGCCAGUCCCAUCAAACUGGACUUUGAGCUGCUCAGCGAGGAGCUCAGAGUAUUUGAGGCUCCGGUGUCUCAGCUCAAGGACUCCCUCAACUCCCUCAAGACUCAGCUUUUUCGGUCCUCAUUUUAUUGUUUACCACGACCCCUCGUCGUGAAUAAGCUGGAGACUCACGACAAGAGCAACCUGGAGCUCUUCUGCCUUGAGUUUGCUAAGCUGCAGAGGAAGCUGGAGGGGGGCCCAUUGGUGUGGCUCAACAUGCAGUUCUGGUCCACAUUAGAUCCGGCCUCCUGUGGUUAUGGUCACCGACAAAUGCACAAAAGCAACAAAUUCCCCUAUUUGGACUAUUCCGCUGAUGAGAAAGGAUUGUGGGUAAUGUAUGCCCCGGAGGAGCCCAAGGGUAGAAUUGCGGUCGCUAAGAUAGAUGGAAAAAUCAAUCUGGUAAGUGAAUGGACCACUGGUGCGUUCGAGCUUCUAGUAGGGAAGGCCUUCACGCUGCGUGGCGUCAGUGUGUCGGCUACCAGGCCAGAAGAUCUGAUGACAAAGGAGAUCUAUUACUCAUACGACACCAAGACUGGAGAGGUGAGAUACAAGAGUGAGAAACGUGUCAAGCUGCACCGCGACCCCACUGAUCAGAGGCCUCACAUGUACAACAAUGACUAUUAUGCAUCCGCCGCCAUGAGCUUCAACAAAGAACGACGCCUCUUGUUCAUGGUCUGAUGUGUGAUUAUUGCAAAUCUGCCUGAAUCCAAAAAAGAAUUUCACUUUCGUUUUGGGAAAAUAUUAUUAUGGGAAAUAAUAUUAAGUAUUUGCAUGAGUCUGUUAAUUGUUUUAUAACAUGAUUAAAGGUAAAGUGUGACUGAAUGAACAUUUGGAAAGGGUGUAAAGUAAUAAUUCCCUUCUUUUUGGAUGAGG